AUGAAAUCAUUCGUCGUGGAGCGAAGAGGUUUCUGGAAGACUCGAAAUUCGACUUUCUAGCUAUAGCAUCUGAUUUCUUUCUCCUUCUCGACUUCCAAAAUCUUUAAUCUGAUUCAGCUAGUUUAGUUAAGAAAGAGAUGGUCCUGAUCGAGCCAGUACCGAUUGAAGAACAACAAGAUGCCGUCAAUGUUGUAUCCAAACCGAAAUCGAAGCCGCCAACAUCAUCUUCGUCGGAAGUUACAGACUCUAACGUAGCAGAAACCGCCGCCGGAGACGUAUCGGAUGGAUUCGAAACGGCAAGCGAGAAGGACUUGAGCGAUGAAGACGAUGAAGUAGUUAAAGAAAUGGAGCAGCAGCAGCAGGAGGAUCAACAAGAACACGAAGCUUCUCUUACAGUAACCAAUGAUUCAGAUAAACCUUCUAUUAAUGAGAAUGAAUCUAAAGAGAAAGCGUUGGCUGAUACAAAUGAUGCAAAAUUGGAAGGCAACAGAUUGUUUAAGAGCGGAUUAUAUGAAGAGGCAUUAGUACAAUAUGAUCUUGCUCUGCAAAUUGCACCAGAUAUGCCUUCAUCUGUCGAAAUACGAUCAAACUGCCAUGCUAAUCGUGCAUUAUGCUUCUCGAAACUAGGGAAAAAUGAGGAAACUGUUAAAGAAUGCACAAAAGCAUUAGAGCUCAAUCCUAGUUAUGUAAAGGUGCUGAUUAGACGAGCAGAGGCUCAUGAGAAGCUUGAACACUUUGAAGAAGCCAUUGCUGAUUUGAAGAAAGUUUUGGAAUUAGAUGAAUCAGAUGGGAUAGACAAGAUGCAAGCUAGUAGAACAAUUCAAAGAUUGGAGCCAUUGGCUGCUGUAAAGCGUGAAAAAAUGAAAGAAGAAAUGAUUGGAAAACUUAAGGAAAUGGGGAAUUCAGUUCUAGGGCGAUUUGGUAUGAGUGUUGACAACUUCAAAGCCAUCAAGGACCCGAAUACUGGUUCAUACUCCAUUUCAUUCCAACGCUAGUAAAUUAUUAUUAAGAUUGUUUUACGUUUGAUUGGUAAUGUUUGAACAUAUAUUAUAUGAAGCAGAAGGAUGAAACAUUACUUAUUUUUUUUCUUUCAGAUGGUUUUGGAUGAGUUGUCUGUAAUGUACUUUUUCUGUACUGGAAUUGGGAAAUAAACUCUAUAUAAUUGAUUAUUCACUUGUUAA